AUGGCGCCCAAGCAGGAUGUGCCCUGGUCUGACAGGCACAAACCACGACACUUGGGUGAAGUGGUGGGGAACACCGAUCAGAUUCGCAAGCUGGCUGAGUGGUUGCGAGAUUGGGAUGACGUGGUCCUUCGGGGAAAGAAGAAGGAGAUCCCCGCCCCGGACCCCAAGCAGAAGUUCCAGCCUCCUCCCGAGAACCUCAAUGCCCGGGCGGUGUUGGUCAGUGGCCCACCAGGCAUCGGAAAGACGACCACCUGCACUUUGGUGGCCAAAUGCUCACGGUUCAAAGUCAUGGAGUUUAACGCCUCGGAUGCCCGAAGCAAGGCGGUGAUUGAUAACAUGACCAACUCCCUGGCUGGCAACAAGACCUUGAGCUUUGGAACCUCCAGCGUCUUGCAGCGCAGUGCCAUCAUCAUGGAUGAGUGUGAUGGCAUGACAGGUGGUGACAAGGGUGGUCUUCAAGCGCUGAUCAACCUCAUUCAGGUGACGAAGAAUCCAGUGAUUUGCAUUUGCAACGACCGCAGCGACCAGCAAGUGCGGCAGCUGGCGAGUCACUGCUUGGAUCUGAGAUUCCGGCGACCCGAAAACAGCUCUGUGGCCAAGCGGGUCAAGAAGAUCAUGGAGUCAGAGGGAAAGAAGGUGGAGAUCACUGCAGUGGAAGCCAUUGUGGAAGCCUGCGGCCAAGACCUACGACAGGUCAUCAACCACCUGCAAUUCUUUGGCUCGCUGACAGGUGGCAACCAGAAGGAUACGCAAGUGAUGACUGGGACCUUUGAAGCCUGUGCCAAGCUGCUGUCCCAUCAUCGCGAACGUUUGUCCAUCGAUCAACGAAUGGAUUUGCACUUUGUGGAUUAUGAUUUGGUGCCAACCAUGGUGCAGGAAAAUUACCUCCGUCCCUUCGAGAAGCAGCGCGUGGACGAUGCCCUGGAGCGCGCGGCGCAGGCCGCGCAGCUCAUCGCCAUGGCCGACGGCAUGUCUGGCAGCUUCGAACUGGGCGGCACCAUGGCGUUGCUGGGCACGGUGUAUCCCACGGCCUUGAUGGCCUCCAAGGAUAGCUUUGCGAAGCCGGCCUUCCCGGCGUAUCUGCAGAAAAGAGGCACCAUCACCAAGAACGAGCGAAUUUUACAGGAGCUGAGUGCAAAGAUCCGACAUGCGAGCACCUGCGGUAGCAGGGAGUUUGUGACCAGUAGCUAUCAUGACAUCCUGCACCGAAAGAUGGUGCAGCAGUUGCAGAAGGGCUUGACCAUGGAAUGCGCUCAAGCUCUGCAUCGUUAUGGUCUGACGCGCGAGUUCUUCACGGACCAGGUGCCAGCCUUGAGACAACCGCUGCAACUGGAGGACAGCUACAAGAAGAUUGAUGUGCAGGUGAGAACCAGGUUGCUGCAGGAGUGUCAGAGUUUGCAGCAGCAGACGGUGAUCCCUAAGAAGAGAAGAAAGGGGCAGGAGAGCCAGACCAGACGCCGCAGCUUUGGAUCACAGGCAUCUCCCACGCAGGAAGCGAGCCCUAUGGAGGAUGAGGAGGAUGAGAUUCCAGGAGUAGUGAAGAAAGGCGGAAAACAGGUGAAGAAGAAGAUCAUGAAGGAACAGGAUCUCAGCAAAUGUUCCUUGAAAAGUUGGCAGCCCAAUAAGCAAGUCACCACAUCUCAGAUUGAGAGCAAGCCUCUGCUGGUGAUGAAAUACAUUGAGGGCCACACCUGCUCAGUUCGCCGGAAGAUCCACAUGAAGGAUUUUCUAGGCACUGCAAAAAACAAAUCUGAAAAUCCCAACGCCAAUCCCAACGCUCCACUGUGGUUUGGCCGGAAAACUGUUGCACCCAAAGAUGGAGAUUCCGGGGGCUCGGGUUGCAGCUGCGUCGAAGGGGUGAGAGCCUCGAGCGAUGAAGCUGCGGCAAAGGCGGCGGCGGCAAAUGUGCGAGACCUUUGCGCCCGCAACCAGAUCAAAGAGGAGGACUUCUGGGCGGCUGCCCAAAGGCUGCGGCCCGUAGAGCUUCAGUUGGAGGAGCUGCAUGCCUUGAAGCUUCCCAAAGCUCAGCUGAAAGAGAAGGAAGACCAACUGGCGUCAAAGUGGAAGGAGAAAGGAUACUUUGACGAACAGUUCCUGGCACUUGAUCGCGCCACAGUUUUUGGUCGACGUUUGACAAGUGAUGCUCAAGGAGUGGACAUUGGAGUACUUGUUCCACCAUAUCUGCCGUUGUUCAAGGGACCAGGUUCAAUGCCCAGCACCUCCCCGGUGGCCUGGAGCAAAGAGAUGCUGGAGACGGGCGAAAAGGCCUUGGAGUCAUGGGGCUGUGUGCUCUUGCGUGGCUUGCUGACUGCUGAUGACGUCAAGGCUCUUCGUCAGGCCUUAGGUCUUGGGGAACGCAGGGCUGCAGAGGUGGGACUGUGGCAGCAGCAACAGGAUCCCAAUGUGGCCAUGGGUCGCUAUACCUUUGGUCGCCUUCACCUCUUACUUCGAGGAUCGCCACGCUACGAGAUGGAUGCCGUGGCGCCGCAUGCUUCGCUGGCACCGCUGGUCCACAAGCAUUUCGAGAUUCAGGACCUGGCUGGGAAUCCCAUUUUUUUGUCGGAAGCGCAGCUGGUGCUGGCGGAUCCCUGUGCCGAGCUCCAGCAGUGGCACCUGGACUCCGCUACGGGCCGAGGACUUUCGGUCUUCAUCCCUCUUGCCAAUGUGGACCUUGACCGGGGGCCACAAGAAGUCUUGCCAGGGACGCACAGCCUUCAUGAUCCUCGCCAGAACCUCCGUGAGCGAUGGCGAAGAUGUUUGCGAAAGCUCUGCGCCACCCAUGGUGCCGUGACCACGAUGACCGAAAAUGUUUGGUCUGCGGGAGAUGCUUUGGUGCUGGACUCUGGCACUUUGCAUCGAGGCCUAGCGAACGACAGCCUCGGGGCACCGGUGCCAAUCCUCAUCCUGCGCUAUGAUCCCAAGGAUAGGCCACCGCCAGGCUGUCGGCGGUCUUGGCUGCUUGCCAUGACCCGUCUUGGCCAAGUUCUCUCGAACGUGUUCAAGCUCUACGCGUGGGUGUGA